GCAGAGAUGAUGAAUUACACUGUCAGAGAUGACUUUCAGGAGGCUUUGGCGAAAAAUCUUGUCAUUGUUGUCCUGGGAGUUUUGAUCAACAGCAUCAAUUGGAUCAUAGUUAUGACUUACUUGAAUAACUCUGUUUUUCACACUGACACAAGAUAUAUCCUUUACAUACAUUUAGUGAUAAAUGAUAUGAUCAUGGUAUCUAUAUCUGUAACACUGUAUGUUUUGACUUAUGCCUAUCCAAUUUUUAACAUAUCCAUCUGUUGCACUUUGACUGUGAUUGCUUCAACAACCCACAAGAUUACACCGCUUAAUCUGGCUGGAAUGGCUAUUGAGCGUUACAUUGCCAUAUGCAAACCUCUUCAUCAUGGUCAGAUCUGCACGGUGCACAGGACAUAUAUUCUCAUUGGCCUCAUCUGGUGGGUCGGCUUCAUACCUGGACUAACUGAUAUUGUCAUUCUCCUCAUAACCAAGCCUAUGAGCUUUUUUUCCACUACAAUCUUCUGUUAUCCCCUAAUUUUAUACAAGUCAGAAUAUUACCAGGUUAAGACAAAGGUUCUCCAAGCUCUUUACUUGUCAUUUGUGUGGUUGAUACUGAUCUGCACUUACUUUAGGAUAUUUGCUGUCGCAAAAAAAGCUAAAGGAGAUUCUUCAGCCAAAAAAGCCCAUAACACGAUUAUGUUGCACGGUGUACAGCUUUUUCUGUGUAUGUUGUCCUAUGUUAGUCCUGUUCUUGAUAUGAUAUUAGUUCCUUUUUUCCCCAACGAUAGGUCAAAGAUAACAUUCUUUAGCUAUUUGAUUACGAGUAUAGUCCCAAGACUGUUAAGCUCUCUGAUAUAUGGAAUUAGGGAUCAAACAUUUUCCAAGCGUAUGUCAAUUUACUGUUUUUGCAAGCUGAGCAUUGUUAAAGUGAAGCCUCAGAGAAAACUGUAUCCUGGAUUAUCUACUCAAUAA